CCGCGAUCUGAGCCUCUACUUUAGUCAAUCCUCUUUGUCACAGAAUCACUCGUUUAUUCGAUAAUUGCGUAAAUAACAAUGAGGAAUUUAUUUUCAUGGCUGCUGAGGUAGCUUUAAUUGGAUGCGCGCGCAGACGAUUGAUGGGAGAAAAGAGAACGUGGGUGACUCCCGGCGAGUGACAUAACCUCUGAAUUCGGGGUGGAAAUUAGUUGUAUAAGUUCUAAAGGGUGAAGAGACGUGUGCGAUUAUUCGUAACAUAUUGUAUUUAUUUAUUGUUCUACGGAAGUGAGUAAAAUGGACGACGACGUACAGUUGCUGGUUUCCAUCGGUCUCAGUGAACAGAAAGCGAAGGAGACAUUGAAGAAUGCUCAGGUGACCAGCAAUUUACAAGUAGCAAUCAACAAGGCGAAGGAAACUGAUCCAGAAAUUUCUCCAGAAGUCGGCACGCUCCUCUACCAUCUCGCCUCUAAAAUCAAGCCUCAGAUUCUGGACAAGCUCCCACUCCUCUCUCUUUGUAUUUCCCAAAAAAAGCUCGACACUACCCAGCGUGUCGAUGCCGCCCUCACUUACCUCCUAGAUACUAUUAACACCCCGAUCAACAUCCCAGACUUCGAGGUUGCUUGUGGCGUCGGCGUUACCGUCACCCCAGACCAGAUAGAGGCCUGUGUAGAAACUCUCAUCAAGAAACAUCUCGAAGAAAUAAAAAGCAAACGUUACAAAUUCAAUGCAGGUCCUUUGAUGCAAGAAGUCCGCACUAUUUUAAAGUGGGCUGAUGGGAAAACGAUAAAAAACGAAGUAGACCUUCAGAUUCUUGAUAUCUUAGGUCCUAAAACUGAUGCAGAUCUUGCACCUGUUAAACCCCAAAAACAAAAAUCCAAAUCCGACAAGAGUGUCAUAGAAAAUUCAAACAAAAAGGAGAAGAGCUCAAAAGAAAGAGGAACCAUUGAAAGUUAUAAAAAUGAUAAGACCCCCGAAGAAGCGUCAAAGGACUCGGCAAAAACAAUAGCAGAAGUGAUGUCUAAACUUCAGUUCCACAAACCUGGAGAAAAUUACAAGACCGAGGGCUACAUAGUGACUCCACACACCCACAGGCUCCUUCAGGAGCACUUGAAAAUUACCAAAGGCUUGGUAAUCACUAGAUUCCCCCCUGAGCCCAAUGGAAUCCUCCACAUUGGUCAUGCCAAGGCCAUCAACAUCAAUUUCGGUUAUGCAGCGGCAAACAACGGUCUCUGUUAUCUCCGUUACGAUGACACGAACCCUGAGAAGGAAGAAGAAAAAUUCUUUAUCGGAAUUCGAGAGAUGGUAGAAUGGUUGGGAUACAACCCCUCCAAAAUCACCCACUCCUCCGACAACUUCCAACAGCUCUACGAGUGGGCAGUUGAAUUAAUCUCAAAGGGUCAUGCUUACGUCUGUCAUCAAAAAAGCGAAGAGAUGAAGGGAUUCAAUCCUCCACCUUCCCCCUGGAGAGAGCGGCCAAUUUCUGAGAGUCUUCAGCUGUUUGAGGACAUGAAGAAUGGAUUAUUGGAAGAAGGAGAAGCAACCCUGAGGAUGAAAUGUACACUUGAAGAGGGUAAGCAGGAUCCAGUGGCUUACCGAAUAAAAUAUUCACCUCAUCACAGAACCGGUGAUAAAUGGUGCAUUUAUCCGACAUACGACUUCACACAUUGCCUUUGUGAUAGUAUCGAGAAUAUUACGCAUUCUCUCUGCACUAAGGAGUUCCAGACGAGGAGAAGCUCUUAUUACUGGCUCUGUAAUAUUUUGGAAGUUUACUGUCCAGUCCAGUGGGAGUAUGGGCGAUUAAAUGUCAGUUAUACUGUGGUUUCGAAAAGGAAAAUAGCAAAAUUGAUUGGUGAAGGGAUUGUUAGUGAUUGGGAUGAUCCUAGACUGUUUACGUUAACUGCAUUGAGAAGAAGGGGUUUUCCUCCAGAGGCUAUUAAUAAUUUCUGUGCGCAAAUGGGGGUGACUGGGGCUCAAGCUGUGGUUGAUCCCAUGGUGCUGGAGGCCGCUGUCAGGGAUGUACUAAAUGUGCAAGCUAGCAGACAUAUGGUAGUGCUCGAGCCUGUCAAGGUUACCAUCGAAAAUUUCCAUGGGGAGGGGCAGGCGGCAGCCCAAGGUUUUGAUGUGCCUGAUUUUCCUAUUGAGGUGGAGAGAGGACAGCAUUACGUGGAUUUUGAUGAGAUUAUUUAUAUCGAGGCCUCUGAUUUCAAAGAGGAAGAGGAAAAAGGUUUUCGUCGUUUAACUCCGAAACAGUCUGUCGGUCUGAAAUACGCGGGUAUCGUCUUGACCUUCCAAAGGAUUGAGAAAGACGAGAGUGGAAAAAUUACUGGUCUCGUAGUUAAACAAGAGCCACUAAUCGAUAAAAAUAAGCCUAAGGCGUUCAUUCAUUGGGUAGCUAAGCCUAAACUCGUGUCGAUUCGCCUCUACGAACGACUAUUCAAUCAUAAAAAUCCUGAGGACACGAACGAGGUUCCCAAUGGCUUCCUCAGUGAUAUCAACUCAGAAAGUAAGAAACAGGUUGUGGGAUACAUUGACAGAAGCCUCGAAGCAAUCGCCAAGCCAUUCAUCCAGUUCCAGUUCGAACGGCUUGGAUUCUUCUCUGUCGAUCCUGAUACUAAGCCAGGAAUGUUGGUCUUCAACAGGACAGUAACGUUGAAAGAAGAUACUGGAAAGGUGUAACUAAAGUCUUCAGCAGUUUCUAACUGAAAAUUACUGAAAAAUGUUCGAAUUCAUUGGUACAGUGACAAUAUAAGUGAUAAAAUGAUAGAAUGGUUCGAGGUGAAAAAUUUCGCUAUGUAUGAGAUUAUUUAAUUGGUUUUAUGAGAGAAUGGUAAAAUACCUCUUGCAUUCAAAACUCUCUACUGAGAAGGAUGGUCCAAUGUUUCUUCCUAGCGUGUAUAUUUUUUCAGAUAUUUGCGUAGUCAACAAAACUGCCACAUAUUUCCAUAUCUUUUGCUAUUAGUUCAACGAAUAUCUUGGUUUUGAUUACAAACUCUAGGAAAAAAUAUUGAGAGACAGUUCUUGCAGUUGUUUCUUGUAAUUCUGAUAUUUAUGAGAUAACAUAACUGGAAUUUUUUGCUUCAGCUAUUCAUCAUUGCUUUGUUCGUAACUCAUCACUAGAAUUUGUUGUAAUUACCUUGAAGAACCUUUUUUACAUAAAAGAUUUUCUAAGCCUU